UCCAAAUUCUAAUCCCUAUUUCUGGAGACCCGUCGACUCCGAUUUCGGAAAUUUUUAAAUGGCACCCGAUAAGGUUAUAUUAAUGGAAACUCGUGCGGUGUAAUAAGUGAAACCUUAACCUCAUGGUUGGCCUUGGAUGAUAAACCUAUGUAGAAUAUCCGGUUAAUGCAAUAAAUGGGACCCAGCCCAUGCUGGCUAGAAUGCGUGCCGACCCGCGAGAGUGAACUCAUAGUCACAGUCACUUCUUAUCGUCUGUGAAUCGAAACAACAUUUGGUAACAGAGAGAGCUAAGGAGAGAGACACGCUGAAUUAUGGCUGCAAGCUUUACUGCUGUAGGUUUUUUGUUAGAGUUUUCAUGUUUCCCAAAGCUGAAUCAGAGAAAUUAUUCUUCUUCUUGGUCUUCUCGUCGUUGCGUGAAAAUGGCGGAUUCUGUUGAAGACAGGAAGAAUAAUUUCACCCUUCAAAAUUAUCAAGAAGCUAAUGCCACUAAGAAAUAAAAUGAGCAUGUUAUGGCGUUGGUCUGCAUGCACAGCAAAUGUGCAUCUGCUGAUUUCUGAGAAAAUCUAACAGGAAAGGAGGAUCUUGGCACCAGAGAAGGAAGAUAGAAGAAGCAUGAUUGAAAUGCCAAAAUCAUCCACAGAGAAUGAAAUUCUUGUUCCCAACUCUCAGAUUGUGCCAGAUAGCCUUGCUCCAUUGGUCUGUGCACUGGAAGCUUCAGCCAAGCAAGAUGCUGCUAGUUUUCACUUUCCAGGGCAUAACAGAGGACGUGCUGCACCAUCUUCAUUAGUCCAACUUAUUGGUUUAAGGCCAUUUAUUCAUGAUUUACCUGAGCUUCCAGAGCUUGGCAACCUCUUUUCUCCAGAAGGACCCAUUUUAGAGGCACAGAAACAAGCAGCCAAUGUUUUUGGAGCAUCAGAUACAUGGUUUCUGGUUGGAGGCACUACUUGCGGUAUCCAGGCAGCAAUAAUGGCAACUUGCUCACCUGGAGAAUAUUUGAUUCUCCCUCGAAAUUCUCAUAUAUCUGCCAUUUCUGCCAUGGUAUUGUCAGGUGCUAUACCUAAGUAUAUGAUCCCUGAGUAUGACUGUGAUUGGGACAUUGCAGCUGGUGUCACUCCAUCACAGGUUGAGAAAGCAAUCGAGGAAUUAAAGAAAGAUGGCCAAAAAGUUUCUGCAGUUUUUGUCACUUCCCCCACAUAUCAUGGUAUAUGUAGUAACUUGAGUGAGAUUUCUCGGCUGUGUCAUCAUCACGGAAUUCCUUUGAUUGUUGAUGAGGCUCAUGGAGCACAUUUAGGAUUUCAUCCCCAUAUGCCUUCUUCGGCACUUCAACAGGGUGCAGAUCUGGCUGUACAAUCAACUCACAAAGUCUUAUGCUCUCUUACACAGUCGUCUAUGUUACACAUGUCUGGGGAUAUUGUAGACAGAGAAAGAAUAUGUAGGUGCCUUCAAACCCUUCAAAGCACAAGCCCUAGUUAUCUGCUUUUAGCGUCAUUAGAUGCUGCUAGAGUGCAACUUAGUGAAAAUCAAGAAACCAUUUUCAACAAGGCAAUGGAUUUGGCUGUUGAAACAAAAAAUCUUGUGAAAUGUAUCCCUGGUAUCUCGGUGCUUGAGUCAUCAAGCUUCCCUAACUUUCCUGUGAUUGAUCCCUUGCGUCUUACUUUCGGUUUUAGGCAGCUUGGUUUAUCUGGGUAUGAAGCAGAUGAAAUGCUAUAUGAGGAUCAGAUGGUCGUUUGUGAACUUGUUGGGACCCAAUCUAUUACUCUUGCAAUUAACCUUGGAACUUGUAGGAAGCAUAUUCUGAGGCUUGUGUCAGGGCUACAACAUGUAUCAGAAACUUCAUUAUCUGUAGAAAAGGUUGAGAAGAGGGUAGAGCACAGUGUUCUGGAACCCUUUGCUGAUAUAAAUAUAGGUUUGAAUCCAAGAGAAGCUUUCUUUGCAAGAAAAAGGAAAGUGAGUAUUGGAGAGAGCCUCGGCAAGAUAUGUGGGGAACUUAUAUGUCCAUACCCUCCUGGGAUUCCUGUGAUCAUUCCUGGAGAAAUUAUUACAGAGAGAGCUUUGGAUUACCUGCAGCUUGUUAAAGGCAAUAUCAGUGGAGCUUCUGAUCCUUUACUCUCCUCUAUAAUCAUCUGUGACAAUUAGUUCAAGGCAUCGGAAAGGUGCACUGGAGCUGCAACUUCAUUCAGAUUCAGUUCAUGUAAAGAGUACUUGAAAUUGGAGAGAGCAAGUGUUGCGGACCUCAUAACUAGCGACUGGAACAAGCCUGUAAGUUGAUAACUAAUUGUUUAGACUAUAACCAUUGAUAGUUUGGAUUUUUAUUAGGAAUAUCAUGCCAGGAAAAAAAUUUGAUAUAUAUUUGCUAGGAAA